CUUAUAUGGCAUGAGCCGGGCCGCGAAGGCGGUAUAAAAGCCGCGAUCCCAGUACUAGCUGAUUCACUCUGAGCACCGUCACACGCAGCUUGUGCGGGAUAUCAUUUGCCUGAAACACCUUUCCUUAAAGCGAAAACCCCCCACCUAAAGUUCAGCCAUGGAAGAUGAAAUUGCCGCACUGGUUGUUGACAACGGAUCCGGAAUGUGCAAAGCCGGAUUCGCUGGCGAUGACGCUCCUCGUGCUGUCUUCCCCUCCAUUGUCGGCCGCCCCAGGCAUCAGGGAGUCAUGGUCGGCAUGGGACAGAAGGACAGCUACGUUGGUGACGAGGCCCAGAGCAAGAGGGGUAUCCUCACCCUGAAGUACCCCAUUGAGCACGGUAUUGUGACCAACUGGGAUGACAUGGAGAAGAUCUGGCAUCACACCUUCUACAACGAGCUGAGAGUUGCCCCUGAGGAGCACCCCGUCCUGCUCACAGAGGCCCCCCUGAACCCCAAAGCCAACAGGGAGAAGAUGACCCAGAUCAUGUUCGAGACCUUCAACACACCCGCCAUGUACGUCGCCAUCCAGGCUGUGCUGUCCCUGUACGCUUCCGGUCGUACCACCGGUAUCGUCAUGGACUCCGGUGAUGGUGUGACCCACACGGUGCCCAUCUACGAGGGUUACGCCCUGCCCCACGCCAUCCUGCGUCUGGACUUGGCUGGCCGCGACCUCACAGACUACCUCAUGAAGAUCCUGACAGAGCGCGGCUACUCCUUCACCACCACGGCCGAGAGGGAAAUCGUGCGUGACAUCAAGGAGAAGCUGUGCUACGUCGCCCUGGACUUCGAGCAGGAGAUGGGCACUGCCGCCGCCUCCUCCUCCCUGGAGAAGAGCUACGAGCUGCCCGACGGACAGGUCAUCACCAUCGGCAAUGAGAGGUUCCGUUGCCCCGAGGCGCUCUUCCAGCCUUCCUUCCUUGGUAUGGAGUCCUGUGGCAUCCACGAGACAACCUACAACAGCAUCAUGAAGUGCGAUGUCGAUAUCCGUAAGGACCUGUACGCAAACACUGUGCUGUCCGGCGGUACCACCAUGUACCCCGGCAUUGCCGACAGGAUGCAGAAGGAGAUCACAGCCCUGGCCCCAUCCACCAUGAAGAUCAAGAUCAUUGCCCCACCUGAGCGCAAAUACUCCGUCUGGAUCGGAGGCUCCAUCCUGGCCUCUCUGUCCACCUUCCAGCAGAUGUGGAUCAGCAAGCAGGAGUACGACGAGUCCGGCCCCUCCAUCGUCCACCGCAAAUGCUUCUAAACAGACUGUUCCUCCUCCCCUCCCCCCCGACCAAAUGCCCAACAUUUUCAGCUCUGUGCAAAACGACCACAACAUUCUCAUACAUAUUCAAGCGCAGAGCCUGUUGACCAAUUCACUGGCAUGGCUUCUGUUAGUUUUUGGCGCUUGACUCAGGAUUAAAAAAAAAAAAAAAAGAAACUGGAACGAUGGUGACAGUAAUGUGUUUUGGCAAGGUUCAAUAAAGCACCCCAGGGUUUCUGCAGUUGCAUCUGGGGACUUAAAUGUACAUGUAUUUCUUUGAGUCAUUCCAAAUGUCUGUUUAACUGCAUACGACAUGUUUUCAAAUGGUAACUGCGUUGUCCAGACACGUAUUCGCCUCUGUGAAGGCUGCCCAGUGGGUUGGUGCAUACUUAACAUGGUGGUAGUAUCGCUUGUAUGUAAAUUAUGUCUGGGUUUUUGUACUUUCAGCCUUAAAAAUAUCUUGGUCCUGUUUUUUUUCUUUUUUUUUUUGUUAUGCAAAACCCAGUUGUGACCUGUUCGUCCCCCUGUUGGCCGUUUCAUCCCCAGGGUGGUGGGGCAAGGGGUCCAGAGGUGGUGGGGUGCCAGACGAGUACACUGACUAUCCCAAUAAAGUGCACAUGUGUUCAGACCAGAAAA